AUGGCCCUUGCUGGCCAGACUAUCGCUGAGCCUCUCCGUCAGCCGUACAAGCUAGACCUCGCCGUCAUGUCCACCAGGAGCAUGUUUGGUCUUGAACGCCGCCAGGGAGAUGAAGGAUAUGCCCCUGAGCAACAGUUUUGCAGUUCUGGUAAGACCUGCGCUGAAGCUUGUGGCAAGGGUUUUGAGCAAUGUGCUUCGAAUGACAACGUCGUUCAUUGCUUUAACAAAAGGGCCAAGCAGACUUGCUGUCCUAGCUUGAGCGGAGAUUCUUGCGAUGAUGGCUACUUUUGCACAUCUGAUGACAAAGGCGCCACUUGGUGCUGCCCCGACAGUAUGACUUUGGAGCAGUGCGCUAAAGCGUAUAACCUUCCCGGCUCUCUUGUGUCGGAAGCCCCGCCGUCCACUUCAACCAAGUCAUCAUCUACCCAAACUUCUGCUACUACAGCUAAGACCACUAGUAGCACUACAACAAGUACUUCCUCCACAUCCCCCCCACCUCCCACAUCUACCACAAGCACAUUUGUUUCUGAGAAUGCCACAGAUACCACAGAACCCCUGACCACAAACACCAUGCCUGCCCCAACUACUUCACCGACACCACCCACCAAUGGAAUCGUCGCAGCAGGUAGCGGGAACCUCCAUAUCCCCUUGGGAAUGAUGAUCCUUGCCGCAGGUGGCUUCGUUAUUCUCCUCUAG